ACGCAAUCGUGCAGCCCGGCCCAGUGCCAGGCGGGGCGCUGGCUGCAGGCUGCAGGACGUGUGAGGCGCCUGAGGCCCGGCCCGGGCCAAGCCGCUGCGAGCCGCUGCAACUGCAAACUUGAUUCAAGGUUGGGGCGGCAGAAGUGGGAGUCCUGCUCACGCCCUCGCCGCCUCGCCGUCGGCUGCAUGUCCUGCGAAACUCCGGUGCAGUCCGGCUUGGCUCGGUCCUCUCGCGCGGGGCUCGAAUGUGCUUAAUAAGCCAGUGUCCUGGCAAGUCUUGAGGCCCUGGGCCGGGCGCUUCUCUGUCAGGACCACUUUGGGUAUCAACAACAGCAACUUCGGUUUAGAAUGGAUUACGAUAAGGCAAUCAGCUCCAGCCAUCAACGAAACAUGAACAGCUUCAGAGAUAUAUUAGAGGAACGUCGCCACACGAGUGAUGUUUUGUGGAUAACAAGAGAUUGGGAGCCUUCACGUACUGUAGCAAAUGCACAGGCAACAAAUCCUCUCACUGUCAGAAAAGCUGUGCUGAACAGUGUACGACUCAAGGAUACAAUUGCACAGUUAAGCCAAGAACGAGGGGUCACACCAGAGGCUCUCUACAAAGAAGUUGAGGAGCAGUUGACAGAGAUCAGCCAUAAUCGUCAAAUUUCAAUUGUUAGAUGGAUUGGUCUUUUUGUCACAAAGGUUCUUAAGAAAACCUGUUCAAAUCUCAUGGUGAAUGAGGAAGCUAUUGCAAAGCUGAAAGGAACAAUGGGAAACACUCCUAUUAUUUUUGCCCCAAGUCAUCGAAGUUAUGCAGACUUUAUCCUUAUGGCAUAUGUUUGUUUCCACUACUGCAUAGAAAUUCCAUGUGUUGCUGCUGGUGUUGAUUUCAUGGCAAUGUGGCUGAUGGGUCAUUUGCUUCGUGACUGCUGUGCUUUUUUCAUGCGGAGACAGUUUUCUGGUGACAAACUUUACUACACUGUAUUCAGCGAAUAUGUUCGAACACUCAUCUGCCAUGGAACUGCCCCUGUUGAGUUUUUCAUUGAAGGAACUCGCAGCAGAAGCUGUAAAUCACUUGUUCCGAAAUUUGGAUUUUUGUCUAUGGCUUUAGAGCCCUUCCUCACUGGACAAAUCCCAGAUGUAUUAAUUGUUCCAAUCAACAUAAGUUAUGACAGGAUUCUGGAGGAGAAACUCUUCUCAUAUGAACUUCUUGGUGUGCCAAAGCCUAAAGAAUCUACAUCGGGUUUGAUCAAGGCCCUAAACGUUUUGGAUGAAAAGUAUGGAAAAAUACAUGUGGACUUUGGAGAACCAAUUUCAGUUCGUGAUUUUUUGGAUAGUCACCUGUUUGAGCGAUCGAAACAUUCCUUAGGUCCUAUUCAUCUGCAGACAUUAUCUGAUCAAGAAAUGGCUAUGAUUCGAGUGCUUUCUCAUUAUAUAGUCACCAGUCAACAACAGCUCAGUGUCCUCUCCCCAUUUCAUCUCAUAGCUGUGAUUUUAAACAACUAUUUAAUGACCAAUGGGACAGUUGACAUGCAAUUUUCUGACCUUGUCCGGGAGGUUGCAUGGUUCCGAUCGGUUAUUGAAAUGUUUGGGGCCUCUGUUGAUAUAACUGGAGAUGUAGAAAAGAGUGUGCGUGAUUCUCUUCUUGUACAUAGGUCCCUAGUUACCUUGUUACCAGAUGGCACUUUACAGCUUAAGGCUGUGCACUCCCUGGGAACAAAGAUAGAUACCACUCGAUUGAAAGGGCACUGUUUAUUGGAAAACACUAUGUGUCGUGCUGUGCCUCUGCUCAUGCUGCAGCACUAUGUGAACCCAACGCUCCAUUUUCUUGCUAACCCAGCUAUGGUCACCACUGUCAUGCAACAUCUUGGACCCUGUGGAGAAAUAAGUAGAGAUGAUCUGUUUGCGAGGUACCAGACAGUGAGAGGAAUCCUCUCUCAUGAAUUUGUUUUACAUAAAACAUGGGAGGAGAAGGAAUUUGAGGAAGCUUUACGAGUUCUUGAUUUGGUGAACAUCAUUGAAAAUACUGCCUCUGGUCUCCUGAGCCUCGGAAACCACAGAAAACUGCAAAUUCUCCUUUGCAAUGUUUUGCAUCCAUUUUUUGGUGGAUACCUUUCACUUGCCCAAACUUUGGCCCAGGUUUGUGGAGAGGCUCGACCUGAGAGACUAGUUCUCUGUGAAGCUCAGCGGAGAGUGGAGAUGAGUUUGCUGUCGGGAGAAAUAUCUCACGCGGCUGCCCUUUCCCUUGACGGUCUCGCGUGUGGACUGCAAGCUCUCGUCUCUAUUGGCGCCAUUCAUCGAAUCAGAAGGGGAGAAGAGACCCUUUAUGUGGCCAACUUGAAAGAGCUGCAAGUUGUCACUCAACAUUUGGAAACUUUUAUCACUCUUCAUGGUAUGGACCACAAGUGGAGCUGGCAACAAUUGGAACUCCACCAGUCUCUUCCUGCCAAACUAUGAUCGGAAGAAAGAAAUUUCUCAUCUUAAAAGAAUCCCAGUAACUGCCUGAUAUUUAAUUUUUCACUAUCUCUAGACUAGUAGACUAGAUUAGUUAAAUUAAAAGUAUCAGAGUCAAGAAAGCUCAAAGAGUUUAAGUUCUUGAAACUAGAGACUAAAUCUGCCAACUAGCUCUGCAAUAUGUGACUGCAUACUAAUAAUUGUUUUUCUUCCUUAAAAAAAAAAUUCUCCAGCCUUGAUUGCAGUUAUUCUGUUGGCUUAGCCAAUUUUAUUCAUUCAAUCCAUACCUAAGUUAAUAUAAUGUAUGUCUUUCACAUUCGCUAAGCCCAUCUGGAAAUUAAUUGGUAACAGGCUGUCAUUAUGUAUUGAUAACUUGCUCAAUAUUUGUCAGUGUCUUGUUCAUCAUACGGGAGAUAAGGUGUAGUUCUUUCAUAUGUACAUAGUCUAUUUAUAUAAUCCUAAGUUGCUGCCAUAUUUAAGUACUGAUCAAAUGCCAUUUGUUAUUGUUAAUGUUACUCUCUUACUAAUUUUUUCAUUCCACCUCAUUCCCAAGAUUAGAGUAGCUUAUAACAAUGUAAGGCCCAGUGUUCAUUUAGAUUUAGUUUACUAUCAGUUUACAGGGUGAUGUUUGCAUAACAAUUUCCCACUUAUACCAUCAUUGUAUUCUUAAAUUGUCUUUAAUUAACAUUUACUAGUCAUUCCAUGUUCACUGCUAGGCUUUUAACUUAGCUCAUUUUGGUUGAUGUAUACUGACUGUUCCUUUCUUGACCGCUUUUUAUGGAUUUGUGAAAUUUUAUGAAGAACCAUCAAAAGCAUUUUUACUUGUUUACUAGUUGCUCUAGGCUAUGUAAGAAAGUCUGUGAUCAAAUUUGGAAUGACUUUGUUAGCUACUUUGUCAGGGAAGCAUGUGAAUUAAGGAUGUGUUCCAACUUUUGAGACAGUUCUGCUUGCAAUAAAAGAUUGAUUACGUUUUAA